UUGGAUUGCUCGACUCAACUUGUUAACAUGUCGAGUCGCGUUCGAGCUCGAGUCGAGCUUGGACCGAAUCAGGUACGAGUAGCUCACAAGCUAUCUCAACUCAUUGCCAGCCCUACCGAAUAUAUAUGCAUAUGCCGAUGUUUCGUACAUUUCGGACACUUAUAUACUUCCUCCGUUUGUUUUAGAUGUUACACUUUCUAUUUUAGAAAGUUUUAAAUUAGAUGUUACACUUUUAUUUUGGGUAAUAACUUCUCUCUAUCUCUCUCCUAUCACAUGUUCACAUAGUACCCUUUUGUUUUUCAUUCUCUCUAUCUCUCUCCUCUCCAAACAUUACCUAGGAGUCCGUGAUUUACUCUAAUUAAUUAAUUAGCAGCACCCAAAUGUACUGCUAUAAUUUUUUUCUUCCCAUUUACUUAAAAGAGAAUAUUGAAAAGCAAUUCCAGACAAUAAACAAUUUUUUUUAACCAUAUGAGCCACGAAGGCAGUACAAAGUACAAAGAAGGGUAAGGGGGAUUUGAACCUGUGAUCUAUCGUUCACAGCACCUCAAUUUUAACCAUUAGGCCAAGACAUCAUUGGUAAGACAAUAAACAAUAAUAUAGUCACAUAAGUACUUCGUCUAUACCCUUUAUUAUGUCCACUUAGACAAAAAAACAAUGUCCACUUAGAAUCGUGACAAUUGUUACAAUUAGAGAGAAUAUUCUAAAUUCUUCCAAAUAUAUUUUCUCUGUAAAUAAAAAAUAAUACUUAUCUCGAAAAGGUCUCACAUAACAUAGAAAAGUGUUACAUUUAUUUUGGAAUGGAGAAAGUAUAAAAAAAUAUAAAAUCAUGUGGUUUAUUGUUUGAUUCGUCUAGCUAAGUACUUUAUUAAUAUUCAUCGUUAUAAUUUUUACUAAUAUAUAAUGAAUGGUAUUAUCUAACGCUAAAAAAAGUACAUUAACAAAUGUAAACUGGAAAGUGGACAUAGUAAAAUAAUAUAUGGGAAUUACUAGUUGUUAAAGAAGCGUGAGAACAACGAGAAAUUAUUAUUAUUAUUAUUAUUAUUACUUCCUCUGUCUCAUAAUAUAGUGCCUAGUUUAUUUUUGGUGGGUUAAACUUUAAAAUUUUUGACCGAAUAUUCUCAUUUGUAUAUAUCAAAAAACAUAGGAAAAAUGGAUGAAAAUACCCCCAACUUUGGCCGGUCCGCUUUUAAUACUCCCAACUAUGACUUAUUUUUAAAUACCCCCAACUAUGGGGGUGGUACGCCAAAAAUACCCCGCUGACCUAUUACCACCGGAAGAACUGGUAAAAAAAGGCACGUGCCUUAGGCGUGCCUAAAAUUACCUGGUUAAUGGACCAACUGUCCAUAUUUAAUUUUUGACCGUUAUUUUCUCCAUUAAAAUCCCACCCCCCACACAUCUCUCCUCAUCUCCCUGCUCACAUCUCUCUCAUCUCUCUACUCCUCUCUCUACUCAUAUCUCUUCCUGCGUUCUUCAAUGGCGUCGAACACCACAACUGGCUCUUCUUCUUACAGGUCUAGGUCCACAAGGUCGAAAAGUGGUGGUCAGAUGGUGUGUUAUCAUCAACAAAUUGCGCCCAUUAGGGUUGUUAGGGUUGAAGGGCCAACAAAAGGCAAACGGUUUUAUGGCUGCGCUUAUUGGCCUGCAACCUGUGGGUUCUUCAAAUGGGCAGAUGAGUUGGAUGAUGUGGGUGAACUCCAACAUGGGAUAUUUGUAAGGGAUGGGUUUAUUCAAGAACUUGAAGAUCAGAAUAUUUUGCUGAGAGAGAAAAUAAAGAAGUUGAAAAUGAAGCAGGAAAAGUUGGUGGAUGAAGUUGAGGAAAUGGGUAUUGCCACAACUGAAACUCUGUAUGAGUUGAAAUCCAACACCACUGAGAAGAAGUUGUUGUUUGGGUUGUUCAUGUCUUGGGUUUUUUUUGCAAUUAUGUUCUUGUUGAAGUAAUGUAUGUGGAGUUGUAGGAGAAGGCAGUUUUUUGGUUGGGGUAGGAAGGUGUAAUGUAUGUGAAGUUGGGGUAGAAUUUUGGUUGGGGUAGGAAGUUUAAGCUUGUGUGUUGCUGGUCUUUUGGCCCUUUUUGUGUAAUAGACAGCAAAGACAAUGAUGUAAUGGUUUUUGAAUGAUCUUGAAAUCAACAUGAAUUCUAUUGGAA